UUGUUGCCAGCCCGCCAGCCAGUCGUCAGAUCUGCCGGAGCUUGUGUUUCCAGCACCGUGCGGCAGUCCAAGAUCUCUCCCAGUCUCCGUGUCUCGUCAGACAACUCACCGUCCCCUCCGCCUCCUCCUCCUCCUCCUCCUACCUUCAUGAACAACAACAACAACAACGACGACGACAACCGAAACGACACGUCACUACCAGCACCCACCAGAUAGUAUUUCCUCAACGCCUCUAUCCGCGCUGGUAGCAAGACAAGCGAGAACGACGGCUCACAGCAUGUUGUGAGGUUUGAUCCCACGCCAUACCGUCAACACUCUGUGAUGCAGACGUCAGAUUUUGAGAGACUGUCACCCGGCGAGAUGCCAAUCCGUCCCGACGUACGCACAGACACACGGAUGAGCGGACGCACACACGGGUAGGGGGACAGCGAGGGGAAGAACGACUCGACCGCUGUUGUUCAUUCGCCUUCACUCACUCUUCCACGCCCCUGUCACACUCUAGCUGUGCGCGCGACAGUUUGUGAUUGUUAGCGUGUACGCGGCGACGGCCACUUGGGACGAACAUCUCCCUUAUAUAACAGCGACCCUUGCUUGGAGCUGAGCAACUACACCACGUCGGCCGAAUGUACAACAAGACUUGAGACAUUUCGUGCACAUUUCCAAAGUCAGUCGAAUGUACAACAAGACUUGAGACAUUUCGUGCACAUUUCCAAAGUCAGUCGAAAGUACAACAAGACAUGAGACAUUUCGUGCACAUUUCCAAAGUCAGUCGAAUGUACAACAAGACUUGAGACAUUUCGUGCACAUUUCCAAAGUCAGUCGAAUAUACAACAAGACUUGAGACAUUUCGUGCACAUUUCCAAAGUCAGUCGAAUGUACAACAGGACUUGGAACUUUUCUUGGUGAAUAUACCAAAGGACUUGAAACUGUUCUUGCACAAUUCCGAAGUUGGCCGAAAGCACUCGAGACAUUUCUCACAUAUUUUCUCACGUCAAACUUCACAAACUUUCUGACAACACACACUCGUGUGUAAAAUAUCAUCAUCAUCUGAAGAUAUACAAAAUAACUUGGAGAAUCUCGAGUGAUGUCCUUUUGGAGACCAUCCCCGUCGACUCGCUUCAUGAACUUGUCAUUUUCAAUAUAAAACUGUCUGACUCGACGACAAAAGCUUGAAUGAUCUUGAAGUGGCAAGAAGAACUUCAUGCUUCAGGUGGAGACUAAGGAAAUCGUCCAAAGCGCUGAACAGAAUUAUUUUCUGACGGAGUGCGUCUUAUGGACGUCCUAAUUAUUUGCAAUGAACAUAUUAUUUGAAUCCUUGUCGCCCAGAGAAAUAGCCUUCACUUCACUCUGUGUGUGCCACAAGACGGGAAACAGGACCUGGAAUUGAAAAGCUUCUCUUCAUCCUCCGAACUAUAACACAGACAUUACCAGAUCUUCAAAGAGUUUCCUGUUCCAAAAUGACAGAGGAAGGAUUUCCAGCUGAGGGUAGCAUCACCUCCCCGACACACGCAGACGAGAGCUGCAAGAGCAUGUCGAAGUCCACAGUCAGAAAGAAAUCCUUGGCGUUCUCCAUUGACAGCAUCAUGAGCAGAGCACCCACACAUCACCCAAACACCACGCCCAUCAUCCUGACUCCUCCCACACCGACAGCCACGCCUCCCCGACAAAGUUUCUCUCCUGUGGCAACAACCGCUCUGGAUUCGAGCUCCAAACCAGUUGAAAUCCCGCCUAGCCCGGAGUCUGAUCAUGCGGAGCAUCCAUUUAACCUGAGCAAAAACGCUCCGAUAAACUGUUGCAUUCAGCGGCAAGGGGAGGAAACUCCGACAAACACUUUCCCAGCUUCGACCAAAGUAGAUACCAAAAUCUCUCCAGGACAAACGGUAAACGCAGACCACAACUCCAACUUAAGCAUCGGUCACGGGUGCUGCAGCCCCAACCCGAGCCCAGCCAUAAUGGAGUAUGACGAAGCCCCUCCUUCUUCCGGCUCCACCCCGAUAGCCUCCCGAGCUGUGACGCCGUCCAGAUCUCCGAGAAUACACGAGGGUCAACCAGGCAAACACCCGCUGGGACCGUCGUCUCCCUUCGGUGCCAGAGACAACCAGACGAGCCACGCCUUUGUCCAGUACUCCAGAGACAUCCACGGAGCCCUCCGCGACGCCACGAGAGCUCACCCUUUCCUCUCCGGCGUCCACAACGGGUUUGCGUCACUUCCGGGAGCCAUGCCGCGUGACGUCAGGGAUGCCGCCCCUCUGUACCCGAUCUUUCACCCGGCGUUUGUCGGGGCGUUGCCGCGCGCGUCUCUGGACGACUACCAGGCUCAGAUCAUGAGAAGCUACCCUUGGCUCAACGCCGGGCUUCUGUCGCACCUCAACACCGCAGCACACCUUCCGGGAAUUCCCCUAAACCUGUUCGAGACGAUGAAACAAUCGCACCUGUACCAGACUUUGAACCACAUGAACAACAAUAACAACACAAUCAACGCCAAUGUGGUGGAGAACGGGAAAUACAACACACCGAUGCUGCAAAGCCCGGAGAACAACUCCUUGCAGGCGAAAUUUUCGCCGAGGCCGAGCGACCUGUCGUGCAAGCCUCCGCGACCCGAGUCUCGGAAUUCCCAGAACAAUCUCAUCAUCCCCAAACCUUUGGAGAACCGAGGGCGAUCCUGUGAUUCAAAUGGCUCAGAUUCCAGCAACCACAUCUCCCUGAAAACUGAUGACGGAGCAGAAGCGGAGGAUCAGUGCGUCGAUCUGUCCUCGCCCACCAGUACGGGAGCUGCAAGCAGUAGCAAUGAAGACUUGAAAUCCAAGAAAAUUAUCGGGAAGAACCAGAAAACAUUUACCUGUCCUGAAUGUGGGAAAGUUUUCAACGCUCAUUAUAACUUGACGCGUCACAUGCCGGUCCACACAGGGGCACGUCCGUUUAUCUGCAAAGUUUGCGGUAAAGGCUUCCGACAAGCUAGCACUUUGUGCAGGCAUAAGAUCAUCCACACAGCGGAAAAACCGCAUAAAUGCAACACCUGCGGGAAGGCUUUUAACCGGUCUUCCACUUUGAACACACACAUGAGAAUCCAUCAAGGAUACAAACCGUACGUAUGUGAGUUUUGCGGGAAAGGCUUUCACCAAAAAGGGAACUAUAAGAACCACAAACUGACGCAUAGCGCCGAGAAGCAGUACAAAUGCUCUGUGUGUUCCAAAGCCUUCCACCAAAUCUACAACCUCACCUUCCACAUGCACACACAUAACGAUAAGAAACCCUUCACCUGUCACGUGUGUGGGAAAGGCUUCUGCAGGAACUUUGACCUCAAGAAGCAUAUGAGGAAGCUCCACGACGGCUCCCACACGGCCAACACUUCAGGCUCCUCCUCCUCCGGCCCCCACAGCCCACAAGCCACGCCCCAACAGCCGCAGACGUCACUGACUCCGCCCCAUUCUCACAUGUUCUCCGGACAAAAUAACUACGCACCCUCAGCCUUCCUGGCCAGACCUCCCCUCUUCGCACCCCACCAGGCCAUGGCGUGUCAGAGAAGGCUUCUCUCGCCCUACAUGGUAGGACCUAACGCUGCCAGUCUCUUGCACAAGAUCUCCUCAAUAAUCUAGCACGCAGCAAAUGCCCAGAAAAAUGUAACUGCUGAAGCCUUUCAAUAAUAAUAAUUUUUCCUACGCUAAGUGUAGCGCGAACUGAGGGCUGCCUUAUUCUAACUCCAAUUCUUGGCACUUGGGAGUUUUGGUCACAGCUAUUAUGGCUGUUCAAAAAUCCUCCCUUUGAGCCUCAAAUUACCAUUACGGGCAAUGCCUGUGCUCCGUAGAAGUUUAGCUGCUUUCUGUGCCAGCUCCCGCUUUUGAGACUGCAUUUCAGUGCUUUCAAAGUGAUUUACAUCAGAACCAGAGAAAUGAAGUUAGUAUAAGGUAGCAUUAAAUUUGCGAAGUGUUUAUUAUUAUACCCUUUACAGCCACAGAUCCCCAUAGAAGGCUAAACUCCUUCCGUGGCUCUCUUUGUAGGUAUGAUCCAUCUUUUGCCCAUGGACACUUGUAUUAGAGUUUGUAACUUAUUCGUAGGAGGGUAAAAGUAAAUUUCGAGCCCCCAUUCUUGAAAACAGAGAGAAAAAAAAUGCACUUCUUUCUCCCAUGAUGUCACAGCAAUUCACAUAUUGUGGCGUCUUACAGAAGGGAGACGCCGACUGUGCUUACUAGAUCAAAUACGUUCCCAAAUGGAGGGCUAAAGUUUACUUUUAUCCUUGUUCGUAGGAAGUAAAGUGGGUGGUUGGCGGGUACUCUGGUAAGGUUUGACCCUUCUUUUCUCUCAAACAUCAGUCGUCUUUAUCUCUCCUCCUUUUUUUCUCGCUAUAUUAUGUUACCCCCCUUUAGUUACACUUCUCAUCUUCGGCGCUUUAAUGAACUAUUAUUUUGUGUUGCAAAUGCCGUAAAACGCUUAUUUAAACUACAACUCAAUACGGCAUGUGGUCGACAGAAGCAGAACAAUGUGAGACGUAUAGUCGACAAACAGUCUAUUGGCCACAAGAGUCACAUGACAUUGGUCACAUGACCACGUACGACAAAAAUAGAAAAUGCCAAAACAACUCUCUACCAAUACUCGAGAGCGUGAUAUUUUAUUGCACAAGCCAAUCAAAUUAGAAUGUUGUUGUUGUUGUUGUUGUUGUUGUUGUUGUUGUUGUUGUUGUUG